UCCUGCUGCAAGUAACAACGUCUUAGUUUGGAAUCUAGUCGACGAACAAUGGUACAGACCUAGCAUAACUGCCAUUGCCGGAAGCACGAUACCUCUUCCACAAAAGUUCGCGCCCUGCGUCGAAUUCCCAACCGGGAAAAUGUUCGUCCUAAUUGCUAAUACGACGGAUCAGACAAAGAAUGCUGCAGUUCUGGAUGUAACACAGUGGAGUUGGCAAGAGAUUACCACUUCAUCCACGCCAUCAGACUUCCGCAUAGGCGUAACACUUACAGCUGCAAAUGACAGCAUAUAUCGAUAUGCUGGACGAGCUCUUGAUGUACAAGGAAAUCAAGCACAGACCACCAAUAACUUGCUAGAUCCAAACACUCUCCUUUGGACACCUCGUGCCAGUGGCCCAUCAUUGGCAUAUCACACGGCUUGUUAUUUGUCAAAAUUCGACGUAAUCGCUGUCUUCGGUGGCCAAAACUCUGAUUUUCAAGUGCAAGAUGUAUUCGUUACCUACUCCAUCUCGCAAGAUGUGUGGCAUCAACUUGAUCAGCCCAUGUCAAAUAAGCCGAG